CAGUCAUGACAUUUGCUACCUUAAAUUUAAGUCAGUGGCUUGUUGAACAAUGUAAUUUUAUGGGCUUAAAAUAUCCUACACCAAUCCAACAAAAUUGUAUCCCAAGAAUUUUAGCUGGUGAAGACUGUAUUGGUUGUGCAAAAACUGGCAGUGGCAAGACACUUACUUUUGCACUUCCUAUAUUACAAAAAUUAUCUGAGGAACCGUAUGGCAUAUUUACACUCGUUUUAACACCAACUAGAGAACUUGCUUUCCAAAUUGCUGAUCAGUUUUCAGCAAUAGGAAAAUGUAUUGGUUUAAGAAAAAGUGUGAUUGUGGGUGGUAUGGAUAUGGUUAUACAAGGUUUAGAAUUGUCAAAGCAUCCACAUAUAGUUGUUGCAACUCCAGGACGCUUAGCCGACCAUCUUGAAAGCUGUAAUACAUUUUCUUUGAAGCAAAUUAAAUUUUUGGUUUUAGAUGAAGCUGAUAGACUUUUGGAAGGUCAUUUUGAUGGUCAAUUAAAAACUAUAUUUGAGUCUUUACCUAAACAGAAACAAACAUUACUUUUUAGUGCUACAAUGACAGAUACCCUUAAUAAAGUGAAACAUAUAACUUCCAAGAAGGUAUUUAUAUGGGAAUCAAAUGAUAAAUCUGGUGUAGCUACAGUAAGAGAACUUGAUCAACGUUAUGUGCUUUGUCCAAGCAAUGUUCGUGAUUCUUUUUUAGUUGAAACAAUUAGAACUUUCCGAGCAAGUAAUGAAAAUGGAUCUAUAAUGAUAUUUACAGAUACUUGCAAACAUUGUCAAGUAUUGUCUAUGACAUUAAAUGAUGUUGGAUUUAAAAAUGUAGCUCUACAUUCAAUGAUAAAACAGAAAGAUCGUCUUGCAGCACUUACGCAAUUUAAAUCUAAUCACAUAAGAAUUUUAAUAGCUACAGAUGUUGCAGCAAGAGGUUUGGAUAUUCCUAAAGUUGAAUUAGUUAUAAAUCAUAUUAUACCAAACGUACCAAAGGAAUAUAUUCAUAGAGUUGGAAGAACAGCUAGAGCAGGAAAAAGUGGUAUGGCAGUUACUUUAAUAACUCCACAUGAUAUUAAAUUAUUACAUGCAGUUGAAGAUACUAUUGGUACAAAACUCACAGAAUAUAAAGUUAAUGAUAAAGAAAUAGUUACAAUUUUAACACAAAUAUCUGUUGCAAAACGAGAAGCGGAAAUGAAAUUGGAUGAAAAAAAUUUUUAUGAGAAAAAAAUAAUCAAUAAACGUAAAAAGCUUAUUCUUGAAGGAAAAGAUCCAGAUGAAAUUGAGGAAAUAAUAGAAAAAAAGAAACGUCAUAAAGCAAAAAAAAAACAAGUUCUUGAAAAUCGACGUGGUAAAAGUAGUGUGUAA